AUCCCAAGAAACAGUUCCGGUCCUUUUCGCCCAUAGAAAGCAGGCUCAAUCUGUAUUGUGCUUUCCAGCCUGGAUCGCAGAUCCACCAAACUCAUCUCCAUCCCCACCUUCCUUUUUUAUCCAUCAACAUCAACAUACAGCGCACCUCACCUCGAACAACGCACAAUCAAAAAGCAACACCUGGCUUGAUUGAGCAGCGACCGACAAGAGCAGAAUUGAACUCAAAAAUGACCCAACCGCCGGUCAUCACACUCGACGGCCGCACAGGCGAAGGAGGCGGGCAGCUGGUGCGCAUAGCUUGUGCCCUGGCGGCAGUCGCUACCCAACCUGUGCGCAUCACCCACGUGAGAGGCAAGCGAGGGGGGCAAAGGGGAGGAGGCCUCAAAUCGCAGCAUGUCACGGCGAUUGAGUACUUGAAAAAGGCGACUGGGGCCCAUGUGGAGGGCCUUUUCGUUGGCAGCGACACGCUUCUCUUCAGCCCACAAUCGCCCCCGACAUCCCUCACAUCCCGCAACAUCAAGAUCACGGCCGACUCCCCGGCAGCCUCUACGCUGUUGAUCUUCCAGGCCGUGUUCCCCUUCCUGCUGUUCGCGGGCAACGACAAGGGCGAGCCGAUCAGGCUCGAGAUCUCGGGUGGGACCAACGUGUCCUUCUCGCUCUCGUACGAGUACCUGGACGAGGUGCUGCUGCCGACGCUGGAGGACGCCUUCGGCAUCGUCGUCGAGCGGAAGCUGCUCGCGCGCGGGUGGAGCUCGGGCAAGCAGCAGCGUGGCGCCGUCAAGUUCGUCUUCACGCCGCUGAAGCCCGGGGAGACGUUGAAGUUCCAGGGGGACGCGGCGGCGUACGGCGGCGGCGGGUCGCAGCCGACCGUGAGGGACGUCACGGCGAUUGACGUCUCGAUAAUUGUCCCCGCGCAGCUGCACGAGGAGCUGGCGGAGGAACUGGAGGAUGCGUUGCUGGGAAUGUUCGACAACGCCGAGGUCAACUUCAAGAAGAUCGAGGACAGCGGCGCCGACUCGAGAAUAUACGUCUUCGCGGUCGCCAGGGCGGGGAAGUUGCGCUGGGGCAGAGACUGGCUCGGGGCGUCGCAGAAUGCCAAGUCCAAGAACAGCAACCGGAGCAAGGCCGGAUUGUCAAAGACCAUCUCGCGGCAGUUGGCUAACGACCUGUACGAAGAGGUCACUGCGGGGGUAGUUGACGAGUACUUGCAGGACCAGCUGGUGGUCUUCCAGGCGCUCGCCGAGGGCCGGACAUCGUUUCCGCGGGGCGAGGAUAGGAACCGCCUGGAGCGGGCGAUGGAGAGGCUGCAGCUCGACGACGAGGAGGACCUGCGCAAGGAGAAGACGGACGGCCCGAUCGGGGAGGGGAGCGACCACACCACAACGGUGCGGUGGGUGGCGUCGCAGCUGCUGCCGAGCGUGGCGUGGUACGAUAGAGGCAUCGUUUGCGAAGGCGCCGGUAUUAAGCAAUGAAGCCGAAUGACCGGAGGGAUCCGCGUUGCGGUGCGUUAUCACGGGCGGCGGUAGCGUUGGCAUCUGGGCAGAGGCGGGAGCCGCACAGCGGCGGUCCAGCGGAUCUUGCGGAGCGUUAGUAGAAGAGCAUAGCGGUAGCGUCUGAGUGAAAAUAGACCAUGCUCAAAAGGAAGAUGCGCAAUGUGAUGCCCAUACUGACUGACAGCUUGGGAGACUGACUGGGAACGCAACACCCUCGGCGACGCACGCAC